GAAUCCGAACCGCAUGACGCCCGGCCAGGCCAGAUGACUCGACACCCCUCCCGGUCGAUGACGACAGACCCGGCCAGGCAGACACACUUUCCCACAGCGCUCCAUGGCCCAGACCGGUCGCUGCCAUGCUCGCAUCGGCGCCGCUGUGUCGUCUGCUGAUAUUUGCACCCUCUAUUCGGCGUGGUAAUGGCCUAUUCUUCGCCUGCCAGACCAGCGGUCUUGUACUCUGUUCAUAUGCCAUAUACCACACACCUCUGCUGCUCUCCGCAUGCCCCCCAUCGUGGGACAUGCCCUCGACCACCUUCGAUCACCUAUCUCUAGAGCCUUCGACACCCGGCCGUCCUCGACACUGCAUCCCACCUUUCUCAGCGACACCUCCGUCGCUUUGGCCAAACAGCGCCGCCAGGCCCGGUGCUUCCUUGAUGUUCUCCGCCCAGCAACAAGCAGUGUCGCCCUGGCUCGAUCGCUUGGCCGAGCCUGUCUGUCCCCAGAUCGCAAACCGCUCGUCACCCGACACCCCCGCAGCCAUGACCGGCGCUGCCCUGCGGGCAAGCUUCCCCCCUUGCCGUCCCUCACUGCCUUUCGUAUCGAGCGCGGCCGAGAAGGGGGGGGGCCGCGCCGCACCACUCAGUCUCCCCGCCCGAGUCAGAGCCAGACCAGCACCGGUCUCACUAUAAAAUCGACCGCCUUUUCCUCUGCGUCAUUAGCGAGUUCAUGACUCACCCGAGAUCACCUCUGGUUGUGGCCAUUGUCUGAGCGAUCAUCGCUGCCCCGUUUUUAUAAUCGCCUC